CUACUAGCAAGCAUCAAGUUCCACUCCACGGUCCAUCUAUCCAUCUUGAUAGGACACUCACGAAAAACCCGCAAUCCCUGGGUUUGGUAUGAUUCCGGCUCAAUGUUGGACUCUGAGCAACCGGAAGAUUAUAGAAACCGGCCAGAUGAUGCACUAGACCUCUCUCCCACUCUCUAUCAUGUCUCCAGGGAGCCUCAAUGAUCCCGGUUUCGUUGUCGACCAGUUUGAGCAUAGUGUGAGGCAUGGGUAUCUUGAAGUCGCUUCACUAACAAUCCUCAUAUGGGAUUAUGUGUUAACUCUACCCAGAGAGAUUGACUUAGUAUGGCGACAGCUGAAGGGGUGGACAACCGUACUCUUUGCCAUGAACCGUUACUUCAUUUUUGUGGGCCAAGUUGUGAAUACCGUCGCUUAUGUUAGUCCAAACGCAAAUUAUACCGUAAGUAAAUUGUCUAUCGCGUAUUGGAUCAACUCCGUAACCUGCAUCUUCCAAAUAAUUCUCACAGACAGCAUUGUCUGGUAUUGUGUCUCUGCUCUGUACCUGAACUCGAAAAGGGUCCGUUGGCCGCUGCUCGUGUUAUUGGUCGUUUCAAUACUCUCGGGGACUGUCGUUACGGUUGUUGUAGGCAACCGUAUAGAAGAUACCGGUGAUCCUGCGCCUGGAUUGACAAGGUGUACCGUUCUGUCUCAGUUCCAUGAUUUGUGGCUCUUCUGGCUCCCGAUACUUGUUUACGAAGCCACCACUCUUGUUCUUGUCGCUUGGCAGUUCUACGGAAACGUCCGAGAUACGAGGAAACAAGCAAUGACCGAGUCCCCGCUUGUACGGCUUGUUACCAGACAGACGAUGUUGUAUCUGCUAGUUGUAUUCAUCAUGUUUAUUGCAAACGCGGUAGUAAAUAAUCACCAGGACCCCUCAUUAGCUAUUAUCUUAACCCCAGCAACAACAGUCGUGCUCUCCAUCCUGGGAAAUCGUAUGAUGUUCAGUCUGCGACAGGAACUCAGGGUAAACGUUGGAGGCAGAACCGACGCCCACACGACAAUUAACCUCGGAACUUGGCAUGCAGCUCGUCCACAGGAGAGUACGAUCAUGGCCAUGACUACCAUUGCCACUCGGGCAUGAUUUACCUAGAGGUUGUUGUGGAUGUUGCAUCGAGGAAUGAAUCGUUUUUCGCUUACCUUGCUCCCGAUGUUCGUUGAUCGUUGAGGUGCCAGGAAGGCCGCAGUGUACCGGACAAUCACCAGUUCUGUUUCUGUUUUCAUCUAAUAAACGCUGGAUGGUCGCUGUCGACGCCAGAUAUGCCCUG